UAGGGGCUCCCUCCCAGCUCGCCUUCCCUGGGUGGGGGGGAGGGUAGGCCGGCCCCACUCGCACCCAGCCUUUUCAUGCCCUCCCUGUUGAUAGCCGCAAUGUCCCAAGAGCCAGGUCCCCCCCGCUCCCAUUAGAGACGUCUCUAAGUAUCAGGUUGGUCGUGGCCCCAGAAGUUGUGGGACAUUCUGUGGUCCCCGAUCCUGGGGAUGUUUAUUCUCUGGACAGACCGAAGGUGAGAAACGGAGGAAAGGUGUGGCAAGGCGCUGGCUUCUCAUCAGCCCAUCGUUUGAGAAGAGGAGGGCUCCGUGCACCUGGGUGUGGGGGGGGGGGGUGCAGGCAGGGGCAAAGGUGACCUGUGAGGACAGGGAGGCUGGAGCAGCCCAGCCACGUGCCCGGCCUCCGGCCCCUGACUUCGCCUGAUAAAAACCAGAAACUGAAACAGGGUCGGGAUUCCCGGUGUGAAGUCAGAGAUGACUCACAGCUCGGAGGGACUGUAGUAGCGGAGAAGUGGCACCAGAGAGGCAGACCACGUCUGAGGGUCCUGCUGAAGCAUGGCGAGCAGCACUGCGGUGGUGGCCAUCGACUGCGAGAUGGUGGGGCUGGGGCAUGGCCAGGGGAGCGGCUUGGCUCGCUGCAGCCUCGUGGACAUCAAUGGCACGGUGCUCUACGACAAGUUUAUCCGGCCCGAGGGGGAGAUCAUGGAUUACAGGACGCGGUUCAGCGGGAUCACACCUCGGAACAUGGAGGCGGCCACGCCAUUCGCCGUGGCCAGGCAAGAGAUCCUGCAGCUCCUGAGAGGCAAACUGGUGGUGGGCCACGACCUGAAGCACGACUUCCAGGCGCUGAAGGAGGACAUGGUCAACUACUCUGUCCACGACACGUCCACCGACCAGGUGCUGCUGCGGCAGGCCAACCUGCUGUCCCACAGCCAGGCCUCCCUCCGGCUGCUCAGCGAGGUUCUCCUCCACCAGCGCAUUCAGAGCAACCGCGCCGGACACAGCUCGGUGGAGGACGCCAGGGCCGCGAUGGAGCUCUACAAGCUCUCCCAGCGGCUUCGAGCCCGCUGAUGGCUGCCUGCUCGGGGAGAGGGGCUGGGGAUCUGUUCGGCCCUUUCCGUCGGAACGUCCCCAACGUCGUGAUCUCUUCAAGUCAGCAACCCCCUUGCUUUUGGAAAAUGCAUCUUUAGUAAUAAAAUAGCUCUAUAUUUUUUCUACUCCA